ACGUUCAACAACUUCCUGUUUCGUAAAAAAAAAAACGCGCAUGCGCCCUGUGGAUGUCAGUACUUAGGAGUGAUCGCGCUGGAGAUCAGAUGGCCGUGUAAGAUCUUUGCUCUGUAUUCUAACUGAACAACCAUGAAGAUUGCUGUCGAGGGUUGCUGCCAUGGGGAGCUCGAUAAGAUCUACGAGACUAUCCAGUUCCUGGAGAAGAGAGAGAACACUAAAGUAGACCUCCUGCUCUGCUGUGGAGACUUUCAAGCAGUUAGGAAUGAAGGGGACAUGAAAUGUAUGGCUGUGCCUCCCAAAUACCGCCAGAUGCAGUCUUUUUACAAGUAUUAUUCUGGCGAGAAACAAGCUCCAAUACUUACCAUCUUCAUUGGAGGGAAUCAUGAGGCUUCAAAUUACCUCCAGGAACUGCCCUAUGGUGGCUGGGUUGCACCAAAUAUAUACUACCUGGGAUAUGCUGGUGUUGUGAACUAUCGAGGGGUGAGAAUUGGUGGAAUUUCUGGAAUUUUUAAAUCCCACGAUUAUAGAAAAGGUCAUUUUGAACACCCUCCAUACACCAAAGAUACAAUUAGAAGUGCAUAUCAUGUGAGGAACAUAGAGGUCUUUAAACUUAAGCAGCUAAAAGAGCCAAUGGAUGUGUUUCUGUCUCACGACUGGCCACGAAGUAUCUAUCACUAUGGGAAUAAGAAACAGCUCUUGAAGAAAAAGGAGUUCUUCAAACAAGAGGUAGAGAACAACACCCUCGGCAGCCCGGCAGCCAGCGAGCUCCUCCACCACCUCCAGCCAUCAUACUGGUUUUCUGCUCAUCUCCACGUCAAGUUUGCUGCUUUUAUGCAACAUCCAAAUAAAGAAGGUGACAAUUUACCUAAAGCAACAAAGUUCUUGGCACUUGAUAAAUGUCUACCACGUCGAGAAUUUCUCCAGAUUAUAGAAGUGGAGCAUGAUCCGAGUAAACCAGAUCAACUAGAAUAUGACCUAGAAUGGCUGUCUGUUCUAAAAGAAACUAAAGACCUUCUGAACAUUACGUCCCAAACAUGGAAUAUGCCGGAGAACAAUGGUCUGCACAGCAGAUGGGAUUACAGCGCAACUGAACAAACUAAAAAAGAAGUCCUUGAAGACCUGGGCAAUGACCUUAGUAUUCCACUAAACUUUUGUGUCACUCUACCCUUUUAUAACCCAAACAAUCCACAGCAUAAGAGGGUAGCAUCCCAUGUAGUUAAUCCACAGACAACAGAGUUCUGUGCCCAUUUUGGACUUAUCGACAUCAAUGCCAAGGUCCGCCGAAAUGACGGUGGAGAGUUUGACACAGCGGAAGAUAAUGAGGUUGACAGCAGUGGUUCUGUGGAAGAUCCUAGUGAAUACAGCACUGACACUUCCAUCCUCUCGUCUUCAAUUAACCCCGACGAGAUCACUCUGGAGGAGGAUGAGGAUGAAGAAGACCUCUCUGUACAGUCUGUGGAGCCUUCUCCAGAACAUACUCCAGACUUAUCCGUGAACUUCUCUAACAUUCGUGUAGUUCCUGAUUCAAUGGCUGUCUCAUCAGAUGAUGCUAUGGAUUCAACCAAUGAUGAGAUGGAACGGUCAGAGAGCAGUCAGACUGAAGGGGAAGGAAAGAACCCCGAGAGACAGCUCAAGAGGUUAAGUGAUGAGAAUGGACGAGGCAGCAUAAAGAUUAAACGGCGGAAUCAGGCUAUUUACACAGCAAAAGAUGAAGAUGAUGAGUAAAUGGACUAGCUUGUAGAAUGAGACUUUGAUAUCUACUCCGAUAGGAACCCGUCACUAGUUUGGGACCACUAAACCCACAGCAUGUCGUUACGCAGCUGGAGUUUAGCGUUCUAAACCUACCAAUGUCAAACCUGGGAGUUUCUGCAUUGUGUAGUAAAAUAACUUGUAGUUUACCAGAUUAUAGUCUGGGACUCCUCUCCAGAAGCAUUGGUUCUCGUCACUUUACUUUGCGCGACAAAUGAAAUGGAGUUCUUUUACAGAACAAUGCAAAAACUGACAGUUUAAUAUGGGCAGGUUUGAAACUCUAAACCUAGUGACUGGAUCCCUUUUUAAAAUGAACAGACUUUGUUGUACCAUCAGCUGCAACAAAGUCUGAGGUAUGGGGUAAGUUUGACUGUUUAUUUUACUGUUAAAGGGCUUGUCCGGCUUCAGGAGGAAGCUGGACAAAGCCUUUGAUCCACCUUAAAUAUAGAAUAGAUAAGUUCGGUCAUGUAAAUACUUACCCAUUCUUUAAUUAAGAUGGUUUACCGCUUCCCUCUUGAACCUGGACAACCCAUUUAAUGUUUUAAUAUUAUUUAGUAAUUCUGAAAUAUGUUUGGCACAAAGUUUGUGUUCUUUUUAAAGAUUUUAUAUUUGAGUUAAUAGUGCCCAUCUUAUUUCCCUUAUAAAUUAUAGUCCUGUAAAAUGACACGUUUCCAGUGUAUAAAGUAUGCUUAUUUUAAUAUUUCUUUUGUAAAGUUUAUGGGCAGAAAUUAAUUUAAAGGGAACCUGUCACCGGGAUUUUGGGUAUAGAGCUGAGGA